CAUAGGGGUAGCAAGUUCGUGGCCAGACCAAAACCUCCAUAGUAAACUUAGGGAAAUGGAGAAGUAAUGGCGAACUACCAUGUAGCUUGUUGACGAUCGGGAAUAAGUCGAAAGAACAACUACACUCAUUUAUGUGCGGGUGUUCUUUUAUUAAUCGUUUACCUUAAGCACUGCUACGUUGUUUUGAAGAUGGCUCUUAGUGCCGCUGGUUGGCAUGGUGCGUCCAGUUUGAUCUGCGUCCUACUGCCUCUCACAGUCGCGUUGUUUUCGGUCGGAGUUGUUGGGAUUCAAGAGGAGAAACCCGCACAGGAACAACUGCCUGUGGAGAAAGCUCCUACAGGUCGACCCAAUGGCCCAGUGGUCAGUCCCGACGACCCCAGCAAGGGCGACCUGGGCUUCAUCCAUGCCUUUGUGGCGUCCAUCUCGGUCAUCAUCGUCUCCGAGCUGGGAGACAAGACCUUCUUCAUCGCCGCCAUCAUGGCCAUGCGCUAUAACCGCCUCACAGUCCUGGUGGGGGCCAUGUUGGCUCUGGGACUCAUGACCUGCCUGUCAGUGCUGUUUGGCUACGCCACCACGGUCAUCCCACGCAUCUACACCUACUACGUGUCGACGGCGCUCUUCGCCAUCUUUGGGGUGCGCAUGCUGCGCGAGGGCCUGCGCAUGAGCCCCGACGAGGGCCAGGAGGAGCUGGAGGAGGUGCAGGCCGAGAUCAAGAAGAAGGACGAGGAGCUGCAGCGCUCCAAGCUGGUCAACGGGGCGCCGGACGUGGAGACGGGCUCGACGGCCGCCCCCCAGAGGGGCUGGAGGGGCAUCAUCUCGCCCAUCUUCAUGCAGGCCUUCACCCUCACCUUCCUGGCCGAGUGGGGCGACCGCUCGCAGCUCACCACCAUCGUCCUGGCUGCCCGAGAGGAUCCUUUUGGAGUCGCUGUGGGCGGGACUCUGGGCCACUGCCUUUGCACGGGGCUCGCCGUGAUUGGGGGACGGAUGGUCGCUCAGAAAAUCUCUGUCAGAACUGUUACAAUCAUCGGAGGGAUCGUCUUCCUCGCCUUCGCCUUCUCGGCCCUCUUCAUAAGACCUGAUGCUGGGUUCUGAUUGGAGCGCGGGGUAGUGGGUUCCUCUUGUAAAUAACUCUUCGACUCUACAGCGUUCCUAUGGAGAUGGGAUGUACUCCUGAACUGUGUGUAUGCGUGUGUGCGUGUGUGUGUUUUAAGUAUGACUGGGUGUGCAGAGAACAUUAAGAUGUGUAGGAGUGUUGUGUGUGUGUAUGUGUAUGUGUAAAGUGAGUGUGUGUGUGUGCGUGUGCAUGUGUAAAGUGAGAUGUGUGUAUGUAUAAAGUGAGGUGUGUGUGUGUUUGAGCUUGUGUCUUAAUGAGCCGUGUGGCUCUGAAACUCUGAAUGCUACUGCCCUCUUUGGCGGGCACCCAACGGUACUCUACUCAACAUCCUCUCUCCAGCCCCCAGCCUCCUUUUGCAUUCAGACUGCAGUCCUGUCUCCAUAGAACACGGUGGUUCUCGUACAACAAGUGAUCGUACAACAUCAGAACCAAUCGUAGUCUUUCAUUUCAACCUCCAUGUCACCACCCUCCUCACACACACACACGCACACGCACACACACACACACACACACCCUCCGUCCCUAGUGACACUAUGUGAGCCCAGAGACUGAACUGAAAGAGUUCUCUGCAGCCGUUACUGUUGGUCUCCAUUUUGAAGUGUAUGAGAUCCAGUGUCCCUGUGGCUCUCUGGCCGAGCCCCCUGGCCUGUGCUCUGGACGCCACUUCAGUGCUACCUGCCAUUUUAAAACACCUGCGCCGCUGCAGUAAUGCCUCCAGACCUGGCUGGGGCCGGCUUUUUGUCCUUGUGUCUCCAACAUGGCCGCCAAGCGCAGUCCAAAUGUGUACACCCUUAACUCGACUGGCACGACUGUAAUGUCAUUGUCGUUUUUUUUUUUUCUAUAAGGUGAUGGAUGCUUGCACACUAAUAUUCAACAUUUAGACUGCCUUGUUCUGGUGAAAUCUAUCUACAUUCCUGUACUGUUACACAAGUGUGAUUCAGAGACACAUUCAGUUGAAAGUACUGUCGUGUGAAAAUCCUUUCUGUCGGUCGUCAGAAUACUCUUAAGCGGCUGGGGCUGGGGCGGAGGGCAGUUGCGGGGUGUAGUUGUUGGGGACAACGAUGUUUUCUUUGGGCCAGUUCUUCAAUCAUGUCUCCUACACACCUACUAUAUACACACCUACUGCCAGCAAAGCAAGAGGACAACCUAAGUUGAGAGAGUAAAGAGUGGUUGGCAAACCGUGUCGACCAGUAAGUGAAAUACCAUAACCCCGUGAGUGAUUUUAUUUAUUUAUAUCCUCCCAUGAGCACAGAUGUGAUGAGAUUAAAAUCGUUUUUGGGUGAAUGUGCCCUUUGAAUACGUUGGUCUGUGGUUUUUGUUUGUUAUUUUUUAUUUUACAGAAAUGUACUGUAGAUGUUGGGAAGAGGAUGUUCUUUUUUUUGUAGACUUUUUCAGGACGAUUGGACAAACUUGUGUCAAUAUUUGACAGGGCGUGUCCCACUUUGAAGGUGACAGGUGUGCUUUUGAACAGAUGAAGUUUGAUUUUAAGACUCUAAACCCCUGUAAAUAGUCAAUAAAGCCUGUCAGUCUCA